ACAAGAGAUCUUGCACGUUGCAUAUGGUGUCGAGUCUGUCGACGCAUACGCCCUUCCCUCUCUCAUCGUCUCGUCUCUCUUCCUCGAAACCAGCAGUACCUUUCUUUCUACUUGCUCGCCUCUGUCUACUGCAAGAUUCUCGAGGGGUUUGGUAGGCUUACAAAGAAAAUUACAGAAAAUAACGAAGAAAUUUUUCAAGUCUCCAGCUUCGGCAAUACUACUACGAGUGCACUCACACCCAGCAGCCGAUGGCUCGAGGGCUAACCAGAACGACCACAUCAACCUUCAUUUCAACUUCCGUCCCCAAACUAACCCCACCGAUAUGCAAGAACUCACGUACGUUCAGUCACAACUUCGUUCGACCUCACUUUUUUACUUGGACUCGCUUUCUCUGCAAGUGCUCUCGUAGUGCUGAAGACGCAAUCGACAUCUCCAAGUACAAGGAAGCUUUCUCCAGGAGAAUGGCCAUGGCUGGCCUCAAACCUCACCACCGAAUAGGUUUAGGAGUCUCUGGAGGCCCUGACAGUAUGGCACUUUGUGUUCUCACUGCCGAUUGGAAAACAAAUGCCCUUAAUGCUGCUGAAGAUAGCAGUGGUUUCAUUGAUGGGCUUUUGGCAAUAAUUGUUGAUCAUGGGCUACGUGCUGAAAGCAAAGAGGAGGCGAACUUUGUUUGUAAUCGGGUUUCUCAAAUGGGAAUCAGGUGUAAGAUUGCCUGCUGUGAUUGGUUAGAUGGUAGGCCAAAACAGGGCCACUUACAAGAAGCGGCUCGAGACAUGAGGUAUCAAACAUUUCAAAAAGUUUGUGAUCAACAUCAGAUUGGUGUUUUGCUUGUUGCACAUCAUGCAGAUGACCAGGCUGAGUUAUUCAUUCUUAGACUAUCUCGCAAUAGCGGUGUGCUUGGACUUGCUGGCAUGCCUUUCACUUCUCAAAUUUUCUCUACAUGUACACAUUCUUUUGGUGGAGUCUCAAAUAACCACGGAAUUCUUCUUGUGCGACCACUCCUGAAUUUCCCGAAAGAAGAUAUGUACAAGAUAUGUCUGGGGGACCAUCAGGAUUGGGUGGAAGACCCAACAAAUCAAAGUCUUUUAUUUGCUCGUAAUAGGAUUCGAAUGUCAUUAAGGGAUUUGUCCUCAUGUAUCUUCAAGUCUGAGCUACAAGCCGUUAUCUCUGCCUGUCGAAGAACACGGUCAUAUAUUGACCAAACUUGUAGUAGAUUGAUAAAUCAGGCAGUGACUGUGGUGGAGCAUGGAUAUGCUAUUAUUGAUUUCGAGACUCUUAUCCCAUCAAAAGUUACAGACAUAUGUAUGUCAAAGUUUCUUGCCCUGGUCUUGCAGUUCAUUUCACAAAGGUAUCGGCCAGUUAGAGGAAGUGCUUCAAAAUUGCUGUUGGACUACAUUCGUACUUUCCCAUGCAAGAACUCCCUUACAGCAGCUGGUUGUUACCUUUGUCCAGCUCCUGGGUCUAAAGGCACCAAAAUCUUAGUCUGCUGUUCUGUUGAUUGUCCUUUGCCUUCAAAAAUGGAAACGGUCCAUGCAUGCACUCGUGGAGAACAAGGAAACUGUACUCCAAGUGAGUUGGAGGAAAUUAUAGCGGAUGGAAAGUUGUAUUCAGAUGGCCUAGUUCUAAAUGAAUCAGAUGUGCAUUUUCUGAGAGUAACAUCAGAAUCAGUUCUAAGCGAAGCCACAAGACUUGGCAUACUCAGUGAGUCAACAUACAGGAAUAUUCUCUUGUUGCAGAGAGAAGAAACAAAACGUUUCAAGUGUAAAACUGAACUCUCAUCUGAUUCUGAGGCAAAGCCUGAUUUCGAAUCUACCAAUCCAUGGCAGAGUGAACCACUUCAAUCAGGGUAUGGAUAUUACUUCAUGAACAGAUUCUUCAUCACAUGGAAACUGAAUGAUGAAAUUGUGGGAAGUGCAUUUCCUGAGGAAGGUCAAUGUAACUUGGAUUUAAGAGAGGAGCAUUGGAAGUGUCAUUGUAGGUCUUGCGUAGUUGGUAAUGAUAUGGUAUUUGAUGUGCGGCACAUGAUUGAAUCGGAUUGGCUGUAUCUUGCCAAGUUGUCAAAAUGCUCGAGUACUUCGGAGAAAUUUCAACAGCAAGUUCUCUUAGACAAUGAAGUGGAGCAAAUACCAGGGGAGACCAAUCAAUGUUUAGAUUAUGCAAGAUUAUCAGCACAAAGAGCUCUCUUGUCAUUAAAAUCUAUUCCAGUUGCUGCAAGAGCAGGCCUACCUGUCCUAGUCAACCAUCAAGGACUGUUACAAAGCAUCCCGAGUAUUGGCUUCAAGCAUUGCCCUUGUUUGGUUGUAUCUGCAGAAUUCAAGCCAAGAGUACCACUUGGGGGAGGUCAUAGUUCGUUUCUCUAGUCUCUUACCUCUAUUCCAGAGUCCGCAAAUUCAAGCAUUGCCCUUGCUUAAGUUUAGCGGCUUUUUCUAUAAUUUACAGUAUGUAGGCUAUCAUAUCUUUGGAUUUUCAUUCUAGCAUUCAAGUGUAAAUUUGGUUUCUAAGCAUCAAAGCUCAAGCUGCAUGAUCAACCUGUCAUGGUUCGUAUCUUCAUUCUUUCUGAAGUCCUGGCAGGCAGUGCUGAAAACAUUACUGUAUGGAGGAAAUAAUGUCUGCCAAAUAUUUUUGCUGACAACCAAAUGUGCAUCUGGCAACCUUCUUCUUCAUGUAAAGGCGGCUCAAACUUGCCACCUACAUCCAUCUGUUGUAACUCCUCACCUGCGGUCAUUGAGUCCAAAACUACUAGACUUUCUUUUGGCAAAGGAUACAAUGCUUCUUUUAUUUUUUCAAAUAGACUAUGAAAUUUGCAUGCCUUAAUGUAA